UCUGAGUCUAUCAGAAAAGAUGGAGCGCGCGCGCUGGCAGCUGCAUCUGCUGCUUUAUGUUUGUGAAUUACUGUGGAGCCCGGCGGGUGCGCAGCAGGUCAUCCAGAUAAUCCCCUAUGUUGGCAGUGUCAGUGGCGGAACGAGACUGACCAUAAAGGGUGCAGGUUUUGCUCGAGCCAAUCAGUUCAGUUUAAAAGCUGAAGAUCCAAACAUGGGUAACAGUGUGACACUGGUGUCUCGGACGAGAUCUAUUCCCUGUGAUGUAGAAAGAGACACCAGUCACUCAAAACAGAUCACGUGUUAUACAAGAGCUCUACCAGAAGAUGACUAUGAGAUACACGUCAGCGUGGAUGGUGUGCCAAUUACACAGAUGUGUAACCGGUGGAAUUGUAAAUUCUUUAGUAGAAUGUACUACACACCCACCAUAAAAAGUCUUAGCCCACUCUCAGGUCUUCCAGGAACUGUGGUGACAAUGAGAGGAAGAAUUUUGACUGAUGUGUACGGCAGCAGCACGGCCAUAAGUUCCAAUGGUUGGAAUGCAAGAUUUGUGAGGGCAUACAUGGGUGGCAUGCCUUGUGAACUACUGAAACCUAAUUCAGAUGAAAAACAUGGCCUGAAAUUGGACAGUCGGGGUAGCGAAUGGGGAUACAUGAGUUGCAAAAUGACAGGAACUUAUGUUGGUCAUCAUAACCUCAGUUACAUUCUGGAUGGUGAAUUUGGGAGGAGUCUUCCAGACUUUGGGCUUUUCAGUGUCUCAGCAUUGAACAAAAUCGCCAUGUUCCAGACAUAUGCAGAGGUGACAGGAGUUUCUCCAUCUGAGGGCAGUGUGUUGGGCGGCACUUCACUAACUAUUCAUGGACGCUACUUUGAUGAGACCGACCGGCCAGCUGUGGUUUUAGUAGGAGGUCACAAGUGUCAGAUUAAGAAAAUAUCGGACAAGAAGAUAGUCUGUCUGACUCCUGUUUAUGAAAAAACCAACAUGAUAUUGUUUCCAGGUGGUAGAGGUUUAAAAAUGGAGAUGUGGAAUAACAGUAAUCCAAGCAAACUAGACGAUGUUCUGACCUAUAAUUCCAGCAGACCAGGUUAUUCUGUACAGUGGCUGGAUUCUCUGUCCUAUGUGUGGCCCACUGCAACAAUCAACUUUGUGGCUCGACUGAGUGGAUUCUUUGUUCCGACAGAGACAGACAAUUACUAUUUCAGAAUAAAAACAUAUGAAAGGUCCAUGCUGUAUUUCAGCAAGACGGGUCUUCCCAAGGAUAAAGUCUGGAUUGCACAACAGUAUCCGUACUACAACAGUUUCUCCCAGAACUCGGAGGUCAUGCGCUUAGAGAAGGGAAAACCGUACUACAUUGAGGCUGUAGUGCAGAAAUUGCAUUAUCAAGCUUCAGUCGACGUGGCCUUUUUUAAAGAGAUCAGCCCAUUCACAGCCCAGCAGACAACAGAAGCUGUUAAUGAGAGACAGAGGAUAAGCACCAGCUAUAAUGUUUUACCUGAAAAACAGGUGGUUACUUUCAAGGGAUGGACACCAGUAAGCGCCGUCCAGGAGAUGCAGACUUUGAGAAUCAGCAGUGGCUGCUUUUCCAUGGGCUUCUGUGAUAACACAUACUUCUUUCUGGCAUAUGGAGAUCAUACAACAGGGCCCAUUCCCGUCAGUGCAUCAGCGUUGGACUUGCAGAACUCUUUGAAUGAUUUGUGGACAAUAAAACCAGACACAGUUACAGUCACAAAGGAGGAACUGAGCACAGAAGCACUUUACAAUGUGACAUUCAAUUCAAAUAGAGGUGACUUUGAGGAUCUUCAAUACUGGACCAUGGGGUCAGAUGUAAACAUCACAGUUACUGAAGUAGUCAAAGGGAAGGCCAGUCUAGAGAAUUUCACACUGCUCUGGGGCGGCGUCCCCUCACCUCCUCUGACUUAUAAUGCAUCUGAGGCUGAGGUGCUGGCUGCAUUAAAUGUGAUGGUGUCAGCUAAAUGUCCAUCACAGAUUCCAACCACUGAGAACUCCAACGUGAAAUUUUUCAGAGAUUAUGAGGACGGUAGAGCAUAUUCAGGAUCUGUGGUCACUAAUUCUGAAGCUUUCUGUGGCCGUUGGUCUUUGAGAAACCCGUAUUAUAUAUUCCACUAUUCUGACUCCCAGCACAACCCAAUAACACUACAGACCUACAAUACUUUCUGCUUAGCCUACAAAGGCCAACUGAUGAAUCAACUUCAAAUGAUGUUCAUGUACCUGACCGACGCAGGUUCUAACACGGAAGUGACUACACAAAUCUCUGUGCAAUUCGACUCAACGGAUAAGUGGACAUACAAGUGUGUGGAUCUCCUGGAUACCCUUGAGCAAAGAUUCUCAGGCUCCAACUAUAGACUUUUUUGGAUGAAUUUGUUUGGAGAGAACACUAACUCUGUAUACUACAUAGAUACUGUUCACAUUGGACGGCCAAUGACUGCUUUGGACCCAAACGUUAUAAUGCAGGGUAGACGGCCACCCGCUCUUGCCCGCUCAGGACAUUUCAUCUCCAACUUUGCAGUGCGCAAACAAGCAAACUCUUCCCAACUCAGUUAUGAGAUAACAGCCUCACCAUACAAUUGUGGCUUUGACAUCCCAUUGCUUAAAAUCGGCUUUCUACAGAAGCUAGAAAACCGCACAGAGGAUCUACUGAUUCAAAGCCAGGACAAUGCCACAGUCACCAUUACCCGCCCACAGAAAGCCACCCCGCCUCUAACUGGAACCUUUAAUGUGGAGAUCUUCGGUCGACGUGUUGAAGGGCUGCCAGUAGACAUCAGUGCUGGGGACCUCCAGUACGCACUUCAGGGGAUUCCAGAGCUCGGUCAGCUAGAUGUGCAGAGAUAUGGAGAUUGUACAUAUAACAUAUGGGACAUCAGCUGGCUCACCGUCCCUGGCAACCAGCCACUGAUCAAGAUUAACUCCUCUGCCGUGGUCGGUGUGAACCCUUCAGUGACAUCAGAAAAGAUCGAGCAAGGAGGCCUCUUCAAACAAAGAAUUAUGGGAGACUUUCUGCGCAUCCCAUCAGAUAAACCACAGGUGGAGGUCUUCAUCAACGGCAUCCCAUCAUGGUGUUCAGGGAAUUGUAGUUUUACCUGGACUGAGUCGAAGACCCCAACGGUGACUGUAGUUUCUCCUACAGAAGGUUCCAGUGGUUUGGCAACUGUUGUUAACAUAACCGGAUCUGGAUUUGGUGGUGGUAACGUUACUGUCAAGACUGGUGAUGUGGAAUGCUCUAUCCUGAAUGUCACCGACACAUAUAUAACCUGCAGAGUUGGUCCAGCAAGUGCUGGCAUCUAUCCAGUGUCUCUGAGUUUCUCUGGCCUGGGCAUUGCCCGAUACCAGAACGGCACCAGUUUUAACUUCACACACCUGUUAGGAGUGACCUCCAUACACCCCACCACAGGAAGUGAAGCAGGAGGAGCGAUUCUGACUGUGUUUGGUUAUGGAUUCAGUAUCGAUACAGCUGUCACCAUAGGCACUCAGCAGUGUAAUGUUACUGGAGCUGAACUCACUCAACUGAGAUGCAUAGUUCCUGCUGGGUCAUCAGGUGAACAGACUGUCACAGUGACCAUGGGAGAGAUGACAGCAACAUCAACUGAAUCCUUCACAUACAACAACACUCUGAUGGCCACCAUCACUGCUGUCAGCCCACACACUACAACAGUAUUUGGGCUCAAGAUUCUCACAAUCUCAGGCACAAAUUUUGAAGAGCGGGUCAAUGGCAGCUCAGUUCUGGUUGGUGAGACUGAGUGUGAAUUGUUGCAGUGGACCAAUGAAAACAUUACCUGCAUGCUGCCCAAACUCACCCCAGCUGUAUAUGACAUCCACGUGAGAGUCGGGAACCAGGGAAACGCCUUAACCAGUGCUGGUGUUAACACCACUAUAGAGUUUGUUCUGAAGGUGACAGGCUUCUCUCCACCGAUGGGCUCUUUGUAUGGAGGAACCACCAUCACCAUCAGAGGCUCUGGGUUCAGCUCGGUCCCAUCAGAGAACAAUGUGACUCUAGGAGACAAACAAUGCCAAGUAACAGACGCUUCAGAGGAACAACUGACAUGUGUAACCCAGCCAACCAAUAAAACAUACACAGUGACAAAUCAAGGUUUCCACCCAGUGUAUGGUCGGGGUUACGUCUGGAGCCCGUCUGCACUUAUAGUCUCAGUUGGGGACACAGUGGUUUGGAGGUGGGAGGCACCAGCUUUUGUGUCUGAUCUGGGCUACAGGGUCUUCAGUGUGUCCAGUCCCAGCAGUACUGAUCAUGAUGACAUGGUAUUCAAAAGUGGAGAAAGCAAAACGGCCAGAGGAUUUUUCAGCUACCGUUUCACAUCUCCUGGAGUUUAUUACUAUAGUAGCGGCUUCAUUGACUCUUAUAACCAGAAGACGCUACAGGGCGUAGUGACCGUCAGACCUCUGGAGGAGAGACCUGUUGGGCUUCAGGUGUCUGUGGCUGGAAUACAGGCCUCUGUGAAUUUAGCUUCAAGGCAAAUGAACUCAUCUGAGUCAGCGUGUUCGGCCACUUUUAACUGUGUCCGGAAUCAGCUGGUAUUUAAUGACAGCUCUGAUGGUCUGUACUUCACAUUUGCCUCCUGUGCCAGUCCAAUUGUGGAUGACAUUUCUCCAGAACACGGCACCACCCAUAGCAUCAUCAGCAUCCAGGGAUCUGGCUUCAGCAGCAUCUCCUGUGCAAAUGAGGUCAAAGUUGGAGGUCAUCUGUGUCGUAUCAUCAGAAGCACUUCAACACAGAUUAACUGCAAACUCAGUCCUGACAGUGGCGCUGCAGUGGGCACCCUCCUACCCAUAAACGUCCGGGUGAACAACUUGGGUACAGCCAUCAUGACAAUUCCGAAUGAGAACCACCGCAGAUUUGUGGUUCUACCUGUGGUUGAUUCCAUCUCUCCCUCUGUGGGCAGCACGACCGGCUACACACGUCUCUCCAUCUCUGGCUCUGGUUUUGUGAACGCAUCUGUGAUGGUAGCAAAUGUUCAAUGUAAUGUAGUUUCCAUGAACUACUCACAAAUAGUGUGUGACACUUCACCGUCUCUGGCUCGCAGAGGAAAUGUCACAGUCUAUGUAAACACCAUCUCCUCCUCUUGCAGUUCUGAGUGCAUGUAUGAAUAUUCUCAGUUUGUUACACCAGUUGUCUCCAGCGUGUCACCUGACUCUGUUACUGGAAACUCUACUACUGUUGUGGUCACUGGCAGUGGAUUUGGGAACAAUGCAGCUGAUUUAAGGGUAUCUGCUAAUAACACUAUGCUGGAAGUCACAGGGGUUACAGAUGACAACAUCACACUUUUGGUCGGUGCUCUGCCCGCUGGGGGACAUGCCCUACGAGUGGUGGUCAUGAGUAAAGGUCUCGCCACAGGACUAUUGACCCUGACCAGCACACCACAGGCCAACAUCCAACCAACAUCAGGAAGCAUUGCAGGAGGAACUUCACUCUUGAUCGAAGGAAAUGGCUUUGUGGCAGAACAUACUGUAGUGAAUCUUGAUGGCAUCCGUUGCCAGAUUGUAGAAGUGACCCCAGACAGAGUGAAAUGUUUAACACCUCCUCAUGCAAAGGGAGAAGUGCGGGUGGAUAUUUGGGUGUAUGGUGUUCUGUACCCGCAACUACGUUUCAACUACACCAUCACACAAACUCCAAAUGUCAUCUCAGUGAGUCCAGUAACAGGUCCUGUUGGAACACAGAUCACCAUCUCUGGUUCAGGCUUUGGCACAGACGCAGCGCUCGUCUCAGUGAAGAUUGAUGCUGUGGGUUGUAAUGUGACAUCCAUCACAGAAACACAGCUGAUGUGCACUGUUGGGGAACACGCAGGAGGAACGUUUCCGGUUAGGUUAUAUCAUCAGGUCAAAGGUCAUGGCUUAUCUCAGUCUGUCUUCAGCUAUGAGCUGCUGCUGACAGGGGUCACACCAAACGAAGGAAGCUAUGCUGGAGGAGCUGUUGUUGCUGUUCAAGGUUCUGGAUUCGACCCAAACACCACCAGAGUUCUUAUCUGUGACAGAGAAUGUAACGUAGACAUGCAGACCUCCACAUCUAACCAACUGAACUGUGAGGUCCCGUACAACAAUGGGAAUAAAACAGAGCAGGUCUGCAUGGUUUACGUGAUGAAUGGAAAUGAUACCGUCAACAUCACAGCGGGCUACACAUACAGAUCAUCUUUAACUCCUGUGAUCACUGAUGUCACACCACGCAGGGGAGGAACAGCUGGAGGAACCAGACUCACUAUUACAGGCUCAGGGUUCAGUUCAAACACCAGUGAAGUUACUGUGACUAUUGCGGGAUCUGUCUGUGAUGUCCAGUCAGCCAAUGAGACACAGAUUAUUUGUGUGACCAACGAUCAACCAAAAUCCCAGGAAACUAAAGUUCGAGUCUUGAUAGGAAACAGAGGAAUCGCCAGAAUGGAUCGUGCUGAUUUCUUCUACAUUGAUGUAUGGUCAUCUCCCUAUACAUGGGGUGGUCUCUCUCCUCCUGAGAAGGGCACAUUUGCUGUAAUCACUGCUGGUCAGACCAUCCUGUUGGACACCAGCACCCCUGUCCUAAAGAUGCUCCUAAUACAAGGCGGGCGGCUGAUUUUUGAUGAGGCAGAUAUUGAGCUACAGGCGGAGAACAUUCUGAUCACAGAUGGUGGAGCUUUACAGAUCGGCACAGAGCAGCAGCCAUUCCAGCAUAAAGCCAUCAUCACUCUUCAUGGACACCUGCGGUCUAAAGAACUUCCUGUUUAUGGUGCCAAGACCCUCGCUGUCAGAGAGGGGGUACUGGAUCUGCAUGGAAUCCCAGUACCUGUAACGUGGACUCGUCUUUCUCAGACUGCACAAAGUGGCUCAAGCACUCUGACACUGAUGGAUGCCGUCACCUGGAAGGCUGGAGAUGAAAUUGUCAUUGCUUCCACGGGGAACAGACACAGCCAGACGGAGAAUGAAUUGAGGAGAAUUGCCUCAGUUUCAGAUGGAGGCAGGACCCUCAAUCUGACCGAAACCCUCACCUACACUCAUCUGGGUUUGUCCGUCAAUCUGCCUGAUGGGACUGCUUUUCAAGCAAGAGCAGAGGUGGGACUUCUUACCAGAAACAUUGUUAUCCGUGGAUCCAACAACCAGGAGUGGAAUGAUCAGAUUCCAGCUUGCCCUGAUGGAUUCAACACAGGGGAAUUUGCAGUCCAGACAUGUUUCCAGGGGAGGUUUGGAGAGGAAGUAGGAAGUGAUGAGUUAGGUGGUUGCAUCAUGUUCCACGCACCACAACCAAACCAAAACCUGGCAAUUGGAAGAAUUGAAUAUGUUGAGAUUUUUCAUGCUGGACAGGCAUUCCGUUUGGGACGCUACCCAAUUCACUGGCAUCUAAUGGGAGAUGUUCAGUACAAGUCGUACGUGCGUGGUUGUGCCAUUCAUCAAUCUUUCAACCGUGCUAUAAGCAUCCACAACACUCACAACCUACUGGUGGAGCACAACGUCAUCUACGACAUUAAGGGUGGAGCCUUCUUUAUUGAAGAUGGCACUGAGACAGGAAACAUCUUGCAGUAUAAUCUGGCAGUAUUUGUAAAACAGAGCACAAGUUUGCAAAAUGAUGAUGUGACUCCAGCUGCAUUCUGGGUAACAAACCCAAACAACAUCAUUAGACAUAACGCUGCGGCUGGUGGAACUCACUUUGGAUUCUUGUACCGAAUGAAUGAUCCUGAUAUUGAAUCUUAUUAUACCAGCUGUCAGAUGAGGGUACCACUUGGGCAGUUCUUCAACAAUACGGUGCAUUCUCAGGGCUGCUUCGGAUUGUGGAUCUUCCAAGAUUAUUUCCCCGUGCGUAAUGGUCUCUGUUACUCUGUAACGCCGGCACCAGCCGUCUUUCGUCGCCUGACGUCCUGGAACAAUGAGAAAGGAGCUGAAUGGGUGAAUGUUGGAGCUGUGCAGUUCAGCGAGUUCCUCAUGGUCAAUAAUGAGAAAGCAGGAGUGGAGGCCAAGAGGAUCAUUUGGAACUAUGUCAGUGGAUGGGGCCUGGAAGGAGGUGCAGCUGUGGUAAACAGCACAAUAGUGGGUCACGUAGAUGAGCUGGGACUGGGAAAUGAUUACUGCACCACGCAUGGUGUUGUUCUCCCUCUGGAUGAUGGUAUGAGUGUCAUCAACACCAAGUUUAUGAGCUUCAACCGGUCAUCGUGCGCAGCUGUCGGGGUUGCAGAAAUCAUUGGAACAUGCACGUACCGCUGUGGAGGCUGGAGUGCCAGAUUCAGUGGAAUCCAAUACUAUCAGUCACCAAACAAGGCCAGAUUCAGAUGGGAGCAUGAGGUGGCGCUCAUAGAUACUGAUGGAUCCCUGACAGGCAACAUGAACUCCAAGGUGGUGCCGAUGAGCAACCUGCUCGACCCAAGUCACUGUUCUCAAGCAGCAGAUUGGAGUGUUGGAGUAGCUGGAGCAGUAUGUGACAACACCACUUACUUCCACCGGCUGGUUUUCUACAGUCCCUCUUCCUUUUGGAAUAACAAUGCGAUUCUCACCAACUCAUUUGGGUCAUCUCUGCUACCCUUUCUUCAAACGAUGGUGAGCCACUCAUAUGGUUGGAUGGCACUGGUGCCGUCAGCCCAAGCCUACAACUGGCAGUUCGAGCGAGGUUCCCACAUCACCAGCAUGUCAUAUAACGCAAUGAUCUACGGUUUUAAGCCAGAAAAUUACAUCAUCCUGAACCACAACUUUACUCAAGCACCUGACAUGUUCCGCAUUAUAGAUCAACGAAAUGGUUCCUCCCAGCCUCUAAACCCUACAGUGAAUGUAAAUGGCGACUGGUUCUUCAACGAGUCUUCAAACAGUCUCUACUACAUGGUGUCUGGAAAAGACCGUACAGCUAACAGGAGGAGGAGGAACAGUGUGGACCGGUCGCUUAAAGACAGAUAUGUGUAUUUCUAUGUGUAUCAGUGUUACUAUCCCAAGUGUAUCGCACCAACACAACCUCCACCUCCUCUACCCGGCAUUUUUCCCUCCGGAUCCAACCGCACAUAUAAUGGUUGUAGUCUCUGGUCAAAUGAGUCAUUUUGGAGGUCAAGCCCAGAAAACAACUUUGCUGUUCCACAAACAGGCUCUAAUGUGGUCAUUCCAUUAGGGACAUGUGUGAUUGUAGACACAGUAAUUCCUUCCCUGAACAAGCUGACAAUACAUGGAGUUCUGGAGAUUCCAGACACAAAUAAUGGCACUUCCAACAGCAGCGUUUCCCAUUAUAACAAUGUUAUUCUGAACGUCACAUAUAUCUCCAUUCAGGGUGGACGUCUAAUCGCUGGACGGGCUGAUCAGCCCUUCAGAGGUGAACUACAGAUUAUACUGAAAGGAAACCAUCUCACACCCGAUUGGCUGUUGCCUGACAUAAACCAGGGGUCUAAAGUGUUGGGUGUGUUUGGAUCUCUUGAUCUGUAUGGCAUGCCACACAAUGUGUAUCACACUAAACUGGAGAGAACAGUCCAGGCAGGAAACAACACACUCUUUCUGGAGGAAGCUGUUGACUGGAAGGUUGGAGAUAGGAUUCUUCUGUCCACCACCAGUUAUGACCCAUGGCAAACAGAAAUCGGCACCAUAUCCGCAAUUUCCGAUUAUGGCCGCACACUGAUCCUGAACCAGCCUGUAACAUACACACACAUUGGACAAAGGUACAGUGUGCCAGGAUCUUCUGGAAGCUAUCAGCUUGCAGGAAAUGUGGGUCUUCUGAGCAGGAACAUCAAGAUCAUUGGACAGGAGUAUCCAGAAAUGAAAACACAGUCUUAUGGAGCAAGAGUACUGGUGGGAACCUUCACAGAAAGAGGAAUAAUAUACAGAGGAAAAGCCCAGAUCAGAAACGUUGAGUUCUACCGCACAGGACAGGAGGGAUGGGACGACCCAUCAGACCCGCGCUACUCUCUUGCAUUUUUUAACCUGAGAAAUGUGACUGGUGAGUCCUACAUCAAGGGAUGUGCUUUCCAUCAUGGCUUCGCUCCUGCUAUUGGUGUGUUUGGAACUGAUGGACUGAACAUCGAUGACAACGUGAUCCAUCACACUGUUGGAGAAGGAAUCAGAUUAUGGGGUGACAAAAAUGCUGUCCGGAGAAAUCUGGUUACUCUGACACUGUGGCCGGGAUCCUACAAAGGUGCAGCUGCGACCUUUAACACUGAAUGGAAUGCAGCCAUUGAGGUCAAUGAAGCAACCAACGUGAUUCUUCAAGGGAAUAUUGUUGCUGGCUAUGAACGAGUGGGAUUCAGAAUAGAUGGAGAACCUUGUCCUGGAUCUUCACAUUCAGUGGCACAAUGGAGUGAGAAUGAAGCACAUGGUGGUCUGUAUGGAGUCUACAUGAAUAAAGACGGACUUGCUGGUUGCUCUCAAAUCCAGGGUUUCACUGUCUGGAAAAGUUUUGAUUUUGGCAUUUACGUUCAAGUGUCCAUGAAUGUGUUUAUUUCUAACGUGACCCUUGUUGAUAAUGGAAUGGGCAUCAUGCCUAUUAUCUACAGACCUCCAUCCGUCAGCCACGAGUACGCCAACAAAACCGUCCGUGUACAGGGGUCUCUGAUUGUGGGCAGCAGCCCCAAUUUCAACUGUUUGGACACACUGGUAACAACUGAGACCUAUGUUUCACUCAGCGAGAGUCACAGAGCACCGCGACCCCCUAAAGGUGGCAGGUCUGGUAUUUGCUGGCCAUCAUUUGAAUCUGAACACAACAAAGCACCACAGACACCUCACACUGGACACUUAAGCUAUAAUGCCAUAGCUGGUUUCCUGACAGUCACCGAUACAACAUUUGUUGGCUUCAAGAAUGUGUGUUCCACUGAAAGAAACUACAUGUUCAUGACCAACCCACGAAAUGAGGACCUACAACAUCCAAUCAGUGUUGAGAGAAUCACCAAGAUAGACAGCACAGAAGAAUCACUCGCAUUCAUUCAUAACCCUGAUCUGAGUAAAGUGAACCCGUCAGACUGUGUGGACAUGGACUGUGAUGCUAAGAAGAAGACCAUGUUGAAGGAUCUGGAUGGAAGUUUUCUGGGUGCAGUCGGAGCAGUGGUGCCCUAUUCAGAGUACGAGUGGAACGGGGAUCCGCGACAUGGACUGGGCGAUUACCGCAUCCCUAAAGUCAUGCUCACUGCUCUCAACGGCAGCCGCAUACCUGUCAAUCAAAUAGCUCCUAAUAAAGGUGUAAUCAGAGACUCUUGUACUUACAUGAGCACCUGGCAGAGCUACAAGUGCUUUGGACUGAAUUAUCAGAUGCUGGUGAUCGAAAGUCUAGACGCAGAUACACAGACAAGACGUCUUUCACCUGUUGCCAUCCUGGGGGACACAUAUGUAGAUCUGCUGAAUGGUCCACAAGACCACGGCUGGUGUGCAGGCUACACCUGUAGGAAAAGAGUCUCUCUCUUUCAUGCUAUUGUGGCCACCAAUAAGUCCUUUGACAUCUUUUUCACCAGCACAACACCACAGAAGAUGAGACUUAUGAUGCUCAACACUAAACCUACAGAGGCUGUUAGAGUGGCUGUAUUUUACUCAAGCCCUCAGCGGUUAGACGUCUAUGUAAACAACAAACUUGUUGCUCCAACUAACGCUCAGUGGAAUGCAGGCAAUACUGAAUACACAGCACUUGAGCCCACAUAUCCAGGUCAAUAUCUUCCAAGUUUUAACUCUGAUCACGGCUCAAACUUCUUUGACCCAGACUACAAAAUGUUGUACAUACUUCUUCGUGGCUCAGAGCCGGUCCAGAUCCGCACCUCGCCGCUUCUUGUCGUGGCCUUUAACCUCCCGGCCAUGACUGAAGAACAGUUCUUCGGACCUGAUCUGAUCAGAAAUCUGGCUGCAUUCCUCAAAGUACCACAGAACAUGAUUCGAAUCACCAAGAUCAUCCGUGCGGGCCGCGGGGCAAGAAGACGGCGCUCAACUGGACUGACGGUGGAGGUUGAGAUCAGUCUGCCACCUGUACAGACGUUUAGCACCAACAGUACAAACGACAUUAACAGCACCGACAGCACGACCAACACCAAUAACACCACCGGCACCACUGAAGACGAGCAGCAGUUUUUGAUCCUGAAGAAUGUCGCUGAUGAUCUGGGUCGUGCUGCCGUCUCAGGGAGUCUGAGUCAGUCCAUCGGCUUCAACGUGUCGUCACUCGAGAUGAUCCCUCCUCCGCCCUCUUCCAGUGACCCAUCCUGGAGUCAAGCGGCCACUCAGGAAGUGACUCGUGCAGACCAGCAGAUGGAGUCGGUCAGAACAGUGUCUUCUUUGGUAAUGGUGGUCCAGCCGGUGGCUGCGUUGUAUCCUGGACCCCUCAGUGUGCAGCCCAGCAUCAUGGCUGUGGAUUCAGAGGGUGCCUGUGUGUCUGUGGGUGUGACGAGUCUAACAAUCUCAGCUGUGCUCAAAGAUGCUAAUGGGAAUCCAGUACAGGGACUUUCUGGAAACACCACCAUCCUGUUCAGUGGCUGCUGGGCAAAUUACACCGACCUCGCCAUCAUAACCAGCGGUGGAAACUUCAUUUUAGCAUUUACUCUGAAUAAAUGGAAUGCUCAGUCUAGAUCCUUUACUAUCAGAGCAGUUACGACUCCUUCACAACAUCCAGAUACAACUAUUACAGUACCCACAGGCUGCAUCUUUUUUUGUAUCUUUAACUCUGGUAGAUCUAUCAUAUCACCAUCUGUGUAUCUGCUCAUGCUGUUAACUGGACUACUCCUCGUGUUCAGACAAACCUAGUGACAACUCAGAGCGAAUAUUGUAGUUUCUCCAUUGGUUUCUGUUAAAAACUAUUAUUACUUCUCAUUUCUUUUUAUUGUUUUCUCAUAAUUAUAAUAUCAUGAUUUCUAAAGCUAUGCCUUUUAAUCUGAAGGCAUAAUUUAAUCAUUUUGAAAUUGAAUUUUUGAAUAGAAAAUCAAAUGCCUUUACAAUGAAUUAUAUACACAAUCUUGUCCAAUAAAAAUCUAUUUACAGCA